UCCGGGGACGAGUUGUAGAAAGUUUGUGGAGCGGAGCCGGCUUGGGCGGUCGGUUCCGUGGCUGUCCCUGAGCCGCCGGUGGGCGCUUAACACCCCCUCCCCACCCCACCUCGCUCCUCACACCUCCUCUCUCCUGCCCUUGGCCCGCCGGUGGAGGGAGCACGUCGAUGAUGCUGGGACGGAGGCGGCGCUGCUGUAAGCAGCUACUGCUGCUGUGCUGCGGGAUGAUCGCCCUGGGCUUCGUGGUGCUGAUCCGGAGCGGGCAGCAGGACAAGCAGCUGCUGCAGCGGGCAGAGCGCUGGGAGCCCGGGGCUGGCGGCGACUCGGUGGCCGCCGGGGAGCCCGAGUACGAACGCCUCCAGAGAACCGUGUACGAGAAGCCGCCGCUGGACGAGAGUGCCCUGGGAGAACUGGGUAGAGCGGUUCACCUGGACCUGGUGGGAGAUGAGAAGAGGAAGGAGGAAGAGAGUGUGAGCAAACAUCAGAUCAACACCUAUGUCAGCGACAGGAUCUCCCUGCGCCGCCGACUGCCCGAGAGGUGGAACCCUCUGUGUAGAGAGAAAAAGUACGAUUAUCGAAACCUUCCAGCCACAUCAGUGGUAAUAGCAUUUUAUAAUGAGGCCUGGUCAACACUCCUGAGGACGGUGCACAGUGUUCUUGAUACCUCACCCGAUAUUCUGUUGAAGGAGCUCAUCAUAGUGGAUGAUUACAGUGACCGAGAACACCUGAAAAAGCCUUUAGAAGACUAUGUGGCUAAUCUUCGUAAAGUGCGGUUGAUACGUGCACGAAAGAGAGAAGGUUUAGUUCGUGCACGAUUAUUGGGUGCGUCUGUAGCUACUGGUGAUGUCUUGACGUUCUUGGACUGCCAUUGUGAAUGCCAUAUAGGUUGGCUGGAACCACUAUUGGAAAGAAUCAAAGAAGAAGAAACAGCUGUGGUAUGUCCCGUUAUUGAUGUCAUCGACUGGAACACCUUUGAGUUCCUUGGAAAUUCUGGAGAGCCGCAGAUUGGUGGGUUUGACUGGAGGCUGGUCUUUACUUGGCAUGUAAUUCCUGAGCAUGAACGGAAACGAAGGCGAUCCCCAAUUGAUGUUAUUAAGUCUCCCACUAUGGCUGGAGGGCUGUUUGCUGUCAGCAAGAAAUACUUUGAAUAUCUGGGCACGUAUGACACAGGGAUGGAGGUCUGGGGAGGAGAGAACUUGGAAUUUUCUUUCAGAAUAUGGCAGUGUGGGGGUUCCUUAGAAAUACAUCCUUGUUCUCAUGUGGGCCAUGUUUUUCCUAAACAAGCUCCAUAUUCAAGGAGUAAAGCCCUGGCAAAUAGUGUGCGUGCUGCACAAGUCUGGAUGGAUGAAUAUAAAGAACUGUAUUUUCACAGGAAUCCACAUGCCCGUUUGGAACCUUAUGGUGAUGUAUCAGAAAGGAUAAAAUUGAGAGAGAAACUACAAUGUAAAAGCUUCAAAUGGUUACUGGAGAAUGUUUAUCCAGAUAUCCAUGUACCUGAAGAUCGGCCAGGUUUCUUUGGAAUGCUAAAGAACAAAGGGAUGCUGAACCACUGUUUCGAUUACAAUCCACCCAAUGAGCACAAUGUUGCAGGCGAAAAAGUCAUUCUGUACCAGUGCCAUGGCAUGGGCCAAAAUCAGUUUUUUGAGUAUUCUUCACACAAUGAAAUCCGCUAUAAUACUCGCCAACCUGAGGCCUGUGCUUCAGCAGAUCCAGGAACUGACUAUUUAAUAAUGCGUCUUUGCCAAGAGAAUAAUAAGCCUGUGCCUGAAAAUCAAAAAUUCAUUUUUAAGGAGGAUGGCUCAGUCUAUCAUGCCCAAACGAAAAGGUGCUUGCAGGCUGUACCCAAUGCAUUUAGUAAUGGUCGUCCAGGACCAUUGCUGCGGCCUUGCACAGAUAUCGACCACCAGAAAUGGUUCUUUCAAGAAAGAAAAUGAUUUGUAGAAUUCAGGUUCAUUAACAACUUCAUAAAGCUGCCGUUACCAAAAAGCUACUGAAUUUUCCUAUGAACAAUAGGAUCAUAUCAAGUCUAAGAACGGUCUCCUUUAGAAUACUUUCAAGAUGGGAUUUUAAGAUCUGCAUCAUAUUCUGACAUCGUCAAAAGAUUUUAUUACUGAGAACUGUUUAUUUUUAAUAACAUGUUGAAAUUAUGAAAAUCCUUCGAUUUCCAAAGGACAAUUUGUUUUUAUUGAUCUAAUUGGUAGAUAACCUGAUUGUAUGUUGUUUGAUUAUAUAUGGUGAAGAAUCUACUGAUUUCAACAAGCUUUCUGAAAGGCAUUGACACAAUUGUAUGUAAAAGUGAGCUUAUACUAGUACUUCCUUUGGUUGUCUUGAAGUCUGUGAUCUAUUGUGUUACAGCCACAUCAAGGAGACAACAUUGCGAUUCCCAAUUCAUUUACAAAAAAUGGAGCAAUACCUUCUGCUUUGCUCAGACUAGAGACAAGAAGAGUGGAAAUGUUAAUAUUGCUUUAUAGAGCAUUUCAAUUUUGAAUGUAUUAUUUUGUUUCAGUGCACUUGGGUUGCGUUAUGUCUCUUUAUCCUGAUCCUUUGAGUUCCAUUAACUUGCUGCAUUUAAGUCUUGUGAAAUUGAAACUGUGUUCACAACUUGAAACUGAAGAUGAUGUGUUUUGGAACUAGUUCUCUUGAUAUUAAGAAAUAUGAUGUUCAGUGGUAGAAAUUUCAUGGAAAUACCUGUGGGCUUUAAAUGGGAUAACUUAAAUUUACAGCUGAUAGUGAUACCUUCAUUUCUGACAUUGAUUUGCAUGAGGAGAUUUGAACUUUUGUGCCAUGAUUGGAGAACGCUAAGGUCUAACACCAAGUCUACAGUCAGAGUUUUGAAAAUAUGCAACCUGGCUUUGUAGGACAGUCAGAAACUUUGUUACAGCAGAUGAAAUAUUUUUGAAGGAUGACCGUUGCUGUUUUGUAGUCAAAGUAAUGACUUGUUAGUCUGUUUUGGCAAUGUUUGUUGAGGGGUAAAGGUUGACCUGAAAUCUGAGGGGGAAAUAUCACUUCUGUUCUUGUUCAGAUGGUGCCUUGACAUCCUUGACAUCCAUCUCAACAGGGAGUUGGGGUUUGGAUUUUAGUAUCUGAGGGAUAGCAUCUCAAACAUACAGCAUGUGCUAAACGUUCUACUGAACUCUGUUUAGAUUGUGGUGAAGUCUGAGGAUUGGGUUCGAGACCGUGAUGUUGAAAAGGGAAACAGACCAAUUGGCACAACUGCAAUUAUGGAACUUAACCAGUCAUUUUUAACCCUAUCAAACAUGAGAUUCAACCUAAAUGACAUGAAAUGGGGCAUGAGAAGGAAUCGUUAUAAAUGCAUCUUAUGUACCUGAGCAUGUUGCUAUAUUCCGUUGUCCCACUAGGUAUUUUUUAUUUAGAAUUAAAUAUGUAGGUGGGCACUUGAUAGAAAAUGAAAGGCAAGUUUGAGAUCAGGCUCUGCAAGAACUCGAGCUUUAUAUUUUAAAAUGAUUCUGUGCCUGGUUGUGGAAUGAUAAAUGUGCUUCAGCCUGACCAAAUUUAAAAAACAAACUUUGGAAGACCAAUGUCCAUGAUUUAAUGUUGAUUUGUAACCACAUCAGGAUAAUUUGUAAAAUAAAAAAUGAUUUCACAUUUUAGAUUAAUGUGUAUUGGUUCACUCCUGCCUGAUGUGGCUGUAAUGUCUUGCCACAAGUGACAAAUAGAUGUGCAAUGACUUGUUUGGAUACAGUAGAUGCAUGUUAUUUUGAUUUUAAAAAUUGAAGGACUAUAUUUUUGCACUCGAAUUGCAAAGUGCAGUUCUGAGAGUUAAUAUUAAUUUGGUAUUAAAUGUAGAAAAUAUUUUCUUCUCUCAAUGUAUAAAAUGAAGUAAAUAUGCAAAAAUGUUUAUAGAAUUUACAAUGCUGUAUAUGUGUAUGAAAAGCCUUGCUUACCAAACAGUAGCAAUAUGUCUUUGGAAGGAUGAGUUGAAUGGCUUUGCACUUCUGUACUUUGACAUAGUUAUAACUGUAUCCUGAAUGUUGGAGAAUGUACUGAUCAGUUUCUAAUAAUUGCUUUUGAUAGGUAUCCAUUGAUCCAAACAGCAAAUCACUGUUAAAGGGCUAAUUGAUGUCUAAGAAUUAAUUGUCUUGGGCUUCUAUAACAUGAAAUGUUCUGAUUUGUUUUGUCUUAAUGAAAGAACUUUGUUUUUGUUUAAAUCUGUUCAUUGUAGAUAUUGACUUACAUUUUUCCAACAGUUUUGGAGGUUUUAAAUUAAGGUGAAAGAUUGUGCAAUGUUUCAGUUGUUACCGCCAAGCAGAUGUGCUGACAGUAGAAUUACACUUGGUCUUGAGAGUGGUUGAAUUUGAUGCAAAUGUUUACAGAAUUUGUUACUUUUGGAUAAACUAUAAAUGUAAAAGGAUUUUUAUUUGAGUUUUUUGGUGGAUAUCUUUCUAAUGUACACAUUUUAAAAAUCAACCUGUUUUAUAAAUUAUCACUGUUUGCUACUAUGCAAUAUCAGAUUGCUACGUCCAAUCUGAGUGUCAAAAAGAUCUGCACAAUUUCUUUAAGUGGUUGAAUUGUAUGUUAUGUUUAUCAAAAUGUCCGAGCAUUAAUGUAAUGAAAAUGGAGAGUAUAUAUCUUCUCCAGUUGUUUGCUUGCUGAAGAGCUCUCAACACUUCUUUAAAGUACAGUUGCGAGAGAAAUAGUGGAUUGAUUGUUUCAAAAGAAAAGACAGAAAUGUCUGUUGCAGUUUCAAUUUUUGUAAGAACACUCUCAAUGCUUUCAUGUGGUCCCCAGAUGUUGAUGAGAUUUGAUAUAGUGCUUUUUAUCUGAAUAUUCUCCAUGCAAUUGAUUUGAAUUUUGAACAUACUCUGAAUUUUUAAAUAAAAUAUUUCUUGCAAAUUCCAAACGUAUGUCUUCUAAAUCAAGCCUUUGUGAUACUUUUAGGAAUGCCUGUUAAAUUUCUAUGGGAAUUAUGGGAAUAAAUUUACAAAAUGUACACAACUGUGUCCCAACUAUUUUCUUCAAUAAAAUUUGUUGCAGGAAGCUGCAAUUGCUGCAUUUAA